AUGCUAGCAGAGCACGAGGAGACCCGGAAGCACGAGUUCGAGAGCCAGCCGGGAGAGGUCAAAGAGGCCAUAGCCGCCGCAGGUGGCGGCUCGGCUGUCACCCCCGUCACCGCGCCGGGCGGCGGCGGCGGAGAGAAAGGCGGCGCGCCGGGCGCGUCGAGCGUGGAGGGCGCCUCGAUGGGGGAAGAGAAACCGUCCGCGACAGAGAAACGCGCGGAGGUGUCCAAGGGGGAAGAGGGCGCCGCGAGUCGCGAGACAACGAAGCAGGGCGACGACAUGCCGACGACGGCGGCGGGGAGCAUGGGCGGCGGCGUGGCGGCGCCUGAGGUGCCGAUUCGGAUGCGCGACGUGCUGCCUGAGGGCGAGGUCGAGGGAGGCGCACUGGACAUGCCCGUCACGAAGAUGGACGCCGCUGCGAAGCAGAGGGAGGAAUCCGCGCAGUUCGGAGGGCCUGUGAAGGGCGGCACAGCAGCGGCGAUGCAGUCAGCAGCGGACAAGAAUGUGCAGGCGGGGGUGGUGCCGCCCAUGGGUGCAGAGCUGGCCAGUGCGAAAGCUGCAGAGGCCACCGCACAGGGCCGCAAGUUUGGAGCGCCCUGA